AUGCGAAUAUAUGCGUCAAAAUUGAAACUUCUCACUUUACCUCUGGCACUUAUUAUAUUAACUUGGCAUCUGUACAAUUCAAAGGACUCCCAGUUAACAAUCAAGUCCCUGGACGGUAUUCUAUAUAUACAGAGGAAUGUCUCCACUGAAAUGCACGAUGAGCAGUUUUGUGUUUGCUAUCAAUUUUUGGAGGCCACAGAGACAUUCCGAGAAGACGGCUUGGAGCCCAUCACCCUAGCAGUUCAUGGAUCCCCAGAGGUUUUAGGAGAAAUUGAGAAUAAGCCGUUCAACUGGGAUGGGCCUAUUUCCUUCGGCUUGUUUAUCGACUUUCACUCCCAGCAUGCUUUGAACUACAUAUCCAUGCUCCACAAGUGCCAUGCUGAUUUCAGAAGGAAGACGACUGUACACUUUGCAUUCCGAAUCUCACCAUCUCAAACCGAAUGUCCUGUGAUCUAUACUUCCGGGUAUAAGGAUUGUGUCACGUUUUUCCAAAAGAACACAGAGCUCCUUGAGGAAAUGGAGGACCCUUUUCAGAUCUACCCGAUAAAUCUAAUGAGAAAUAUUGCUCGACGCGGAGCAAAGUCGGAUUUACACUUGAUAGUCGAUACAGAUAUGGUAAUGAGUACUAACUUUGCAAAGAUGGUAAAACCAGUUGCGAAUCGGAUGAUUGAUGGGAUGAAUAAACAAGUCUUGGUUGUUCGACGCUUCGAGACCAACGAAACCGAACUUCCACUGAACUUGGACGAACUUGAGCAAGGGCUUCUGAAUGAGAACACAUUUGAAUUCCAUCACUCGUUCUUUUUUGUUGGCCAUCAAAUACCCAACUUGUCUGAGUGGUUUGAAAAUUCUUACGCAUCAGAAGAAACCACUGCAUGGGAGAUUCCAUACACAGGAAGUGAUUGGGAAGUUCAAAUAAUUCUUCACCGCAACGACCCAUAUAACAUUGAGUACUUCCCAUCGCGAGUCAGGGAUAUGCAGUCUUUGAUUUAUAAACUCUGCCGUGCGAACUACACAUUCAAUUUGCUCUCUCACGUAUUCAAUGUUCACAAGGGGAUCAAAGAAGAUGAUACAAUGUACUCGAAAGUCGUCACUGCUCACACAAAGCAAUUUUGGAAAAUGAGAACGCUUUCCCGUUACACUGCCGAAAUCGACAAGCAGUACCCAGACACUACAACAAGAUGUGGACCUUUUACGAUUUGA